GGCCGCCCCUCCUCUAUCUAUCUUGUGCUGGACGACGGGACCGGCUGUGGUUCCCUUGAGUUGAGGUUUAUUUCACACAUUCUGAUAGAAAUAGAACCUACGCACUUUUCCGUUUAAUAUUUUUCCUCCCCAACGCCUUCUUCAGCCUUUCGCUCAUAGACUUUUAACGACACGAGAACUACAGGAUGUAUGGAACAUCUACCGGCCCACAAACGGGCAUUAAUACCCCUCGCUCGUCACAGUCAUUGAGGCCACUUAUUCUGGCUCAUGGCUCGCUCGAAUUCUCUUUCCUCGUCCCGACGUCGCUUCACUUCCAUGCAUCGCAAUUGAAGGAUGCUUUCACAGCAUCAUUACCACAGCCGACAGAUGAGCUUGCGCAAGACGAUGAACCCUCCUCGGUUGCCGAACUGGUCGCAAGAUACAUUGACCAUGUUGCACGGGAGGUGGAAGAGGGUGAAGACGAUGCCCAGGGCACCUACUUGGAGGUUUUGAAAUUGGCAUUGAACGAAUUUGAACGGGCCUUUAUGCGCGGCAAUGAUGUGCACGCUGUUGCUGCUGGCCUUCCCGGCAUUACCUCGAAGAAGGUGCUAGUUGUCAAGGCCUAUUAUGCCGGUAGAGCUGCCGCUGGGCGGCCUACCAAACCCUACGAUUCGGCCCUGUUCCGAGCCGCGUCAGAGGAGAAGGCGAGCAUCUAUUCAGUUUUUGGGGGACAAGGUAACAUCGAAGAAUAUUUCGAUGAGUUAAGAGAGGUUUAUACCACCUACCCCUCGUUCGUGGAUGAUCUGAUCACAUCCUCUGCCGAGUUGCUUCAAUCCCUUUCUCGUGAGCCCGAGGCCAACAAGCUUUACCCUAAAGGACUGGACAUCAUCCAGUGGCUCCAGGACCCGGAUUCUCAACCUGACACAGAUUAUCUUGUGUCCGCACCCGUCAGCUUGCCGUUGAUUGGAUUGGUUCAGCUAGCACAUUUCGUUGUUACCUGCAAGGUCCUCGGUAAAGCACCCGGUGAGGUCCUCGAAAGAUUCAGUGGAACCACUGGCCACUCUCAGGGAGUGGUCACUGCAGCGGCAAUCGCCUCUGCCACGUCUUGGGAAAGUUUCCAGCAGGCUUCUAAAAAUGCAUUGACCAUGCUUUUCUGGAUUGGUCUUCGCAGCCAGCAAGCCUAUCCGCGUACAUCUAUUGCGCCCUCGGUUCUGCAAGACUCGAUUGAGAAUGGAGAGGGUGCGCCCACUCCGAUGCUGUCUAUCCGAGAUCUCCCAAGAGCAGCCGUGCAGGAACACAUUGAUAUGACCAACCAGCAUCUUCCCGAGGACCGCCAUAUUUCUAUUUCCUUGAUUAACAGCGCUCGCAAUUUUGUUGUUACUGGACCUCCCUUGUCUUUGUAUGGUCUUAAUCUGCGCCUGCGCAAGGUCAAAGCGCCCACAGGUCUGGAUCAGAAUCGUGUUCCUUACACCCAGCGCAAGGUCCGCUUCGUCAACCGAUUUCUCCCUAUCACCGCUCCUUUCCAUAGCCAGUACUUGUACCCGGCCUAUGACCGUAUCCUGGAAGAUCUGGAGGACUUGGAGAUAUCCCCCGGAUCACUAGCCAUCCCCGUUUACGGCACUAAGACCGGUGAUGACCUGCGCAAGACCAGUGAAGCCAACGUCGUACCGGCGUUAGUUCGCAUGAUAACCCAUGAUGCUGUCAACUGGGAGCAAGCCACAGUCUUCCCUGGUGCCACACACAUCGUUGACUUCGGACCCGGUGGCAUGUCGGGCUUGGGUGUCCUGACCCACCGCAACAAGGAUGGAACCGGUGUUCGUGUGGUACUUGCGGGGGCGAUGGAUGGCACCAACGCUGAAGUGGGUUAUAAGCCUGAGUUAUUCGAUCGUGACGAACACUCCGUUAAGUACGCCAUUGAUUGGGUCAAGGAGUACGGGCCACGUCUCGUAAAGAACGCGAUGGGCCAGACUUUCGUGGACACCAAGAUGAGCCGACUGCUAGGAAUUCCGCCAGUCAUGGUGGCCGGAAUGACACCCACCACUGUUGCUUGGGAUUUCGUUGCUGCUACAAUGAACGCCGGUUACCAUAUAGAGCUUGCGGGUGGCGGUUAUUACAAUGCCAAGACCAUGACUGAUGCUGUGACGAAAAUCGAAAAGGCCAUCCCUCCCGGUCGUGGUAUCACGAUCAACUUGAUUUACGUCAAUCCCCGUGCUAUGGCAUGGCAGAUUCCUUUGGUCGGUAGGUUGAGGUCUGAAGGCGUGCCGAUCGAGGGUCUGACUAUUGGUGCCGGUGUUCCGUCCAUUGAAGUGGCAAAUGAAUACAUCGAGACUUUGGGGAUCAAGCACAUCGCAUUCAAGCCGGGCUCCGUUGAUGCUAUCCAACAGGUAAUCAAUAUCGCCAAGGCUAACCCAAAGUUCCCUAUCAUUCUUCAGUGGACCGGAGGCCGUGGUGGUGGUCAUCACUCAUUCGAGGACUUUCAUCAGCCGAUUCUGCAGAUGUACAGCCGUAUCAGACGUCAUGAGAAUAUUGUCCUUGUGGCAGGCAGCGGCUUUGGUGGCUCCGAGGAUACCUACCCCUAUCUCUCCGGCACCUGGUCAUCUGGCUUCGGGUACCCGCCGAUGCCUUUCGAUGGCUGUUUGUUUGGCAGCCGCAUGAUGAUCUCCAAAGAGGCUCAUACCUCGAAGAAUGCCAAGAAGGCCAUCGCCGAUGCACCUGGCCUUGAUGACAAAGAUUGGGAGAAGACAUACAAGGGAGCCGCAGGAGGCGUGGUUACCGUCCUGUCUGAAAUGGGUGAGCCGAUUCACAAGCUAGCCACUAGGGGUGUGUUGUUCUGGCACGAGAUGGACCAGAAGAUUUUCAAAUUGGACAAGGCCAAGCGCGUCCCGGAGCUGAAGAAGCAGCGCAAUUACAUUAUCAAGAAGCUGAACGAUGAUUUCCAUAAGGUCUGGUUCGGCCGCAAUGCUGCUGGCGAAACCGUUGACCUCGAAGAUAUGACCUACACUGAAGUCGUCCACCGCAUGGUAGAUCUCAUGUAUGUCAAGCAUGAGUCAAGAUGGAUCGAUGAGUCUCUGAAGAAGCUUACUGGCGACUUCAUCCGCCGUGUUGAGGAACGCUUCACUACAAGUGAGGGCCAGCCAUCUCUUCUUCAAAAUUAUUCUGAGCUGAAUGCUCCCUAUCCUAAUAUUGACAACAUCCUGGCUGCCUACCCUGAGGCAGCCACUCAGUUGAUCAACGCCCAGGACGUUCAGCAUUUCUUACUACUCUGCCAGCGUCGGGGACAGAAGCCCGUUCCCUUUGUACCUUCCUUGGAUGAGAAUUUUGAGUACUGGUUCAAGAAAGACUCUCUUUGGCAGAGCGAGGAUUUGGAGGCUGUUGUGGACCAGGACGUCGGAAGGACAUGUAUCCUUCAGGGUCCCAUGGCUGCCAAGUUCUCAACUAUCAUUGACGAGCCUGUCCAGGAUAUCUUGGACGGUAUCCAUCAGGGUCACGUGAAGAGCCUGAUUGAGGACGUGUACAACGGAGACGAGACGCAAGUGCCUGUCAUCGAGUACUUUGGGGGACUGUUCGACAGAACCGACGAUGAGCAAGAUAUCGACGGCUUAACAAUUGCGGAAGACGGUGACAAGAUCACCUACCGCUUGUCAUCUUCUCCCUCGGCUGACUUGCCUGGUCUGGAUUGCUGGCUUCGUGUUCUUGCUGGCUCAGCGUAUUCCUGGAGACAUGCGUUGUUCUUGGCAGACGUGUUCGUUCAGGAUCAUCGUUUCGAUGCCAAUCCCUUAAAACGCAUAGUCGCACCCGUGGCAGGCAUGUACGUGGAAAUCUCGCAUCCAAAUGACCCAUCCAAGACGAGUAUUAUCGUGCGGGAGCCUUACCAAUCCGGCAAAUUGGUCAAAACGGUCGAGGUAAAGAUGAACGACAAGACUCAAAUUAGCCUUACUCUUUUUGAGGGUAGGACCGCGGAGGCUGCUGUCGUUCCCUUGACAUUCCUCUUCACGUAUCACCCUGAGGCAGGGUACGCACCCAUCAGGGAGGUCAUGGAAGGCCGCAACGAUCGCAUCAAGGAGUUCUAUUAUCGUGUGUGGUUUGGCAACAAGGAUGUUCCUUUCGAUACACCGACGACUGCCACUUUCAACGGUGGACGUGAGACAAUCACGUCGCAAGCUGUAGCUGACUUUGUUCAUGCUGUUGGCAACACUGGUGAGGCUUUCGUGGACCGACCUGGCAAAGAGGUGUUCGCCCCCAUGGAUUUUGCCAUCGUUGCCGGAUGGAAGGCCAUCACCAAACCUAUCUUCCCUCGUACCAUCGAUGGUGACCUACUGAAGCUGGUUCACUUAUCCAAUGGAUUUAAAAUGGUUCCUGGGGCUCAGCCUUUGAAGGUCGGGGACGUCCUGGAUACUUCGGCUCAAAUCAAUUCGGUCAUCAACCAAGACUCCGGCAAGAUGGUCGAGGUCUGUGGCACUAUUCUCAGAGAUGGCAAGCCGAUCAUGCAUGUUACCAGUCAGUUCCUGUAUCGUGGUGCCUACGUGGACUUCGAGAACACCUUCCAACGCAAGGACGAGGUGCCUAUGCAGGUUCACCUUGCGUCGAGCCGAGAUGUGGCCAUUCUCCGCUCGAAAGAGUGGUUCCGCAUGGAUGAAAGUGAUGUCGAACUACUGGGCCAGACCUUGACUUUCCGCCUUCAGAGUUUGAUUCGCUUCAAGAACAAGACCGUCUUCAGCAACGUUCAGACUGUAGGUCAGGUGCUGCUGGAAUUGCCGACGAAGGAGGUCAUCCAGGUGGCUUCUGUGGAUUAUGAGGCAGGUACAUCUCAUGGAAAUCCCGUGAUUGAUUACCUCCAGCGCAAUGGUACUUCCAUCGAGCAGCCAGUUUACUUUGAGAACCCAAUCCCCCUUAGCGGCAAGACUCCGCUGGUCUUGCGUGCUCCUGCGUCCAACGAGACCUAUGCUCGUGUCUCGGGCGACUACAACCCCAUUCAUGUGUCCCGGGUUUUCUCCAGCUAUGCCAAAUUACCAGGCACCAUCACUCAUGGUAUGUACACAAGCGCUGCCGUUCGCAGCUACGUUGAAACCUGGGCCGCAGAGAACAACAUUGGGCGCGUGAGAGGUUUCCAUGUCUCGCUUGUGGGCAUGGUUCUACCCAAUGACAUCAUCACUGUCAAGUUGCAGCAUGUCGGCAUGAUUGCCGGUCGCAAGAUCAUCAAGGUUGAGGCUAGUAACAAAGAAACCGAAGAGAAGGUCCUUCUUGGCGAGGCCGAGGUGGAGCAGCCUGUUACUUCCUACGUGUUCACCGGACAAGGAUCCCAGGAGCAGGGAAUGGGUAUGGAACUCUAUGCCAGUAGCCCAGUUGCAAGAGAGGUCUGGGAUCGCGCAGAUCGUCACUUCAUCGAGAACUACGGUCUGUCAAUCAUCGAUAUUGUCAAGAACAAUCCCAAGGAACUUACCGUUUACUUCGGAGGCCCCCGAGGUAAAGCGAUCCGUCAGAAUUAUAUGUCAAUGACCUUUGAAACUGUCAACGCGGACGGGUCUAUCAAGUCGGAGAAGAUCUUCAAGGAAAUCGACGAAGAGACUACAUCCUAUACUUACCGCUCACCGUCGGGGCUCCUCUCUGCGACCCAGUUCACACAGCCUGCCCUUACAUUAAUGGAAAAGGCAAGCUUUGAAGACAUGCGUUCUAAGGGGCUUGUCCAAAGAGACAGCAGCUUUGCUGGUCACUCUCUUGGUGAAUACUCGGCCCUAGCAGCACUCGCUGAUGUCAUGCCCAUUGAAAGCUUGGUUUCAGUUGUCUUCUAUCGUGGAUUGACAAUGCAGGUAGCUGUGGAAAGAGACGAGCAAGGUCGCUCAAAUUACUCGAUGUGUGCCGUUAACCCGAGCCGCAUCUCCAAGACCUUCAAUGAACAAGCCCUUCAGUAUGUCGUAGAAAAUAUCUCAGAGCAAACUGGUUGGCUUCUGGAGAUUGUCAAUUACAAUGUUGCCAAUAUGCAAUAUGUUGCUGCUGGUGAUCUACGGGCGCUUGACUGUCUCACAAACCUACUCAACUACCUUAAGGCCCAAAACAUUGACAUUCCUGCUCUUAUGCAAAGCAUGUCCUUGGAGGACGUCAAGUCGCAUCUCGUCAAUAUGAUUGACGAGUGUGUGAAGCAAACAGAAUCCAAGCCUAAGCCCAUCUCGCUUGAGCGUGGCUUCGCCACCAUUCCCCUGAGAGGUAUCGACGUACCAUUCCACAGCACUUUCCUUCGAUCUGGUGUCAAGCCUUUCCGAUCAUUCCUGCUCAAGAAAAUCAACAAGACCACCAUUGAUCCCAGUAAGCUGGUUGGAAAAUACAUUCCCAACGUUACAGCAAGGCCAUUUGAGAUCACAAAGGAAUAUUUCGAGGAUGUCUACCGUCUCACAAACUCGCCCAGAAUCGCUCACAUCUUGACCAACUGGGACAAAUUCGAGGAGGGAAAUGAGAGCGCGGGUCGAAGCUAGAGAUUUAGAACGUUGUUAUAGUACAUAGGCUUUAUUCUUGUCAUCCACUUUAAUCCAGCUUAUAUUUUCCUGUUCCUG